AUGGACGGGGAGGGCGAGGCGCGGACCGGCGGCGGCGCAGCGCCGCUGUGGAAGAGGAGGUCGAUCCCGCCGGCCCGCUCGCCCGCCCGGAGCAAGCCGAGGGCCCGGUGCUACCGGAGCGCCAACGGCGUGCUGGUCACCGACUUCCCCGGGCCGGCGGCGCUGCGGGCCCCGCUGCCUUCCCCGGCAGCUGGCCCGGAGCGCGCCUUAACCCUCCGGCGGCCGCCAGCGGCCCCGGGCCAGUUGCUGGAGGUGCAGUCCGUAGUGCUGAGCACCAACAGCCCCGCGGCGCACAAAGUGGGCAAGCAGCAGAUCAUCCCGAAGAGCCUGGCUUCUGAAACGAGGGCGGCGAACAAAAGCGGGAGCCAAAAUGCUGAGGCGAGCAAGAGGGUCCUCAAGGUCCGCAGCAUGGUGGGAAGCCUUAGUGUGCCUUUGGUAGCUGAUGCCGAGGAGGAGGCGGAGGGGGACCUGGGCAGCCCAGGGACGCUGAGGCGCGGCCUGAGGUCCACCUCCUACCGCAGGGCUGUAGUGAGCGGCGUUGACUUUGACAGUUCUUCUAGUUUUAAGAAAAAAAACAGAAUGUCUCAGCCAAUCCUUAAAGCGGUUGUUGAAGAUAAAGAGAAGUUCUCUAGCUUGGGGAGGAUGAAGAAGAAAACGCUGAAGGGACAAGGGACGUUUGAUGGGGAAGAAAAUGCUGUAUUAUAUCAGAACUAUAAAGAAAAAGCUCUGGAUAUAGAUUCUGAUGAAGAGUCUGAGCCCCGAGAGCAGAAAUCAGAUGAAAAGAUUGUCCUUCACUAUAAGCCCUUGAGAUCAACAUGGAGUCAGCUGUCCGUUGUGAAGAAGAAUGGAUUAUCAGAAACUAUCAGCCUGGAAGAAAGAAAGAGACAGGAGGCUAUUUUUGAAGUAAUAUCUUCUGAACAUUCUUAUUUGCUGAGCCUGGAGAUUCUGAUCCGGAUGUUUAAAAAUUCCAAAGAACUGAGCCUCACAAUGACCAAAACAGAGAGCCACCACCUUUUCUCCAAUAUUACAGAUGUUUAUGAAGCAAGCAAAAAAUUCUUUAAAGAACUUGAAGCAAGACAUCAGAACAACAUCUUUAUUGAUGAUAUUAGUGAUAUAGUUGGGAAGCAUGCUUCUUCAACGUUUGAUCCAUAUGUAAAAUAUUGCACUAAUGAAGUCUAUCAGCAGCGAACACUACAGAAAUUACUAGCUACAAAUCCAGCAUUUAAAGAAGCGUUGUCACGGAUUGAGUCCCAUGAAGAUUGCAGGAAUUUACCAAUGAUCUCUUUCCUCAUACUUCCAAUGCAGAGGGUUACUCGUCUUCCAUUAUUGAUGGAUACUAUUUGUCAGAAAACUCCCAAAGAUUCGCCAAAAUACGAGAACUGCAAGCAAGCUCUGAAAGAAGUGAGUAAGUUGGUGCGUUUGUGCAAUGAAGGUGCUCGGAAAAUGGAAAGGACAGAAAUGAUGUACACCAUUAACUCCCAGCUGGAAUUUAAAAUCAAGCCAUUUCCGUUGGUUUCCUCCUCACGAUGGUUAGUGAAAAGGGGUGAAUUAACGUCUUAUGUAGAAGACACUGGACUUUUCUCUAAAAGAACGUCCAGGCAGCAGCUGUACUUCUUCCUCUUCAAUGAUGUCCUCAUUAUCACCAAGAAGAAGAGUGAAGAGAGUUACAAUGUCACAGAUUAUUCUUUAAGAGACCAGCUGUUGGUAGAACAAUGUGACAGUGAGGACCUGAAUUCUUCUCCUGUAAAGAACACCUCAGCUAUGCUGUACUCACGGCAGAGCUCUGCAGCUCACCUCUUCAGAUUAGCUGUCCUCAGUAACCAUGCGGGAGAGAAGGUGGAGAUGCUCCUGGGAGCAGAGACUCAGAGUGAAAGAGCUCGCUGGAUUACAGUGCUUGGAAAGAACAGUGACCUGCAGAAAACAGACAGGACAACUUUGACUCAGGUGGAGAUCAUCAGAACUUACACAGCAAAGCAGUCAGAUGAACUGUCUCUUCAAGUUGCUGAUGUUGUUCUGGUUUAUCAAAAAGUAAAUGAUGGUUGGUAUGAAGGAGAACGACUGCGGGAUGGUGAGAGAGGUUGGUUUCCCAUGGAAUGUGCUAAAGAGAUCACAUGUCGUGCCACAAUUGACAAAAACAUGGAACGGAUGGGACGUUUACUUGGACUUGAAACAAAUGUUUAGACAGCUUUUCCCCCCUCCCCUCCUUCUUCCUACUAUUUCUUUAUUACAGGAUUUGCACUAACUGCUGUCAGUAGGGGCAUGGUUGUAUGCGCUGCAGCUCUAGCAUGGAGAUGUGAGUCAGAGACACACAAAAUCUAGUAACAGAGAACUGAUGUUUCAGAUAGUCACUGCUGGAGUUUUGCAUUUUGAGAGAGAGCUAAACUGAAACAUGGGUCAACCAAUAGCACAUUUCAGCUAGUAGUUUCUUAGGUGUUGGAGAUCAGCCAUACAGUCUUCUGACUUUAUUUCCCUUUGAACUUCAGCUACUUCACUCCUGCAUUUUCUCCAACCAUUUAUUUUUUUUUCCUAACAAACAUUUAUGUUCUUUGUAGCUGUCUCCUAGGCAGACUAAACACCAGAAACUCAUUGAACUGGAGGUGAACAGCAACACAGGAUGGGGGAGUUCCUUCUCCUCCUAAGAAACUGCAGCACUGCAUUUCCAGUAAUAGAGUACUGUGUUAAGAGGAUACUUCCCAGAUCUGUCAAGUCUGUGACCUGAAAUACAGAAUAAGCAAACAUGUAAUUCAGAAAGGACUACCUGCCCCACACAAAUCCAGGGAAGAAAAGGAGUAAUUAUUAGACCACUUCUAUCUAUGUUAACAGAGCUGACAUAAGCACCAGGAGUUUAUAGGAAAAAUCCAGAGAAAUGCAUCUGAUUGAUAGUGGUGGUGUUCUCUAAUGGUGUGGUGUUUAUUCAGAUUUUGUCUCCUUGUAGCGUUCCGGUCUUGAAAUGAUUUCUAAGAACCAGAAAUAGGAACCAGACUUCGCAAAAUACAUAGUGUGGAAUAUCUUGUUCCCAGAUAUUGGCACAAGACUCUGUCAGCCUUUACUUGUGCUUGUUUUGAGCAUAUUCUUAAUAUAAACUCUUGUGAACUUUUUUUUUUUUAAUGCCUGUCAAAUGGUCUGCUCUAUGCUCAUUUCUUACAGGAACCUUUUUUCCUACCUGUCAUCAAUCCCUUGCUCUGAAUCCCUUUUAUUGGCGGUAUGGUUGCUUUUCCAGUAUCAUGGUGGAUAGGUUGCACUUUGUGAGAAUUAAAAACAUGGGCCUAAAGCUGAAAGAGUCAUUUCAAGCUGCAGAAAAUAUUGAUAUGCACUACAUAUGAGAAUGUUUUUCCAACUGGUUUCAAUUUCACUCUUAAAUGCCACUGCCCUCUUGUUCAGAAUUUAAUGUCUGAACUCACGGUUUGUUUACAUAUUUUUAAAGGACUGUAAUAGCUGGAAAUGUGUCCAUUUUGUUUCAGUUUUCCCCGUGCCUUUACCUAGGACUUCAAAUUAAGUUAUUUCUUUAGAACAAGAAUUUUUUGAUGGCAACUGCAGAAAACAUGAAGAUGGGGGUUUGCUUGUUUUUGUUUUUAAUCUUUCUGCUCUUCUGCAUCAGAGGAGAUUGAUCGGCUCUUUCUGUGGAGGCAAGAUCUCAAAUGAACUUGAGUUUACCUUCCUCUUCAGCCUUGUUAGCAUCAUGUUGAAUCCACAGACAAAAAAAAAGAGGAAGCAAGUUCUGUAGUUUUUUUGAGUUGCUGGUCUUCUCAUCUCUAUUGCAGAAAAGGUAAGAAGAUGAGGAAAAAUCUGGAACUAGACAGAUCAGCACCUUGAUUAAUUUGAUAUGUUGCUAUCUAUCUCUUUGCCUUCUCAUACAGAAAUAUGCCAAUAUCACUGGAUGUUUCAGGCAAGUGCUGAGGUAGGGAGAGUGACAGAAAAAAUAAUACUUAGACCUUGCUUUCAAUGGAGCUCAAAUGAGUGCUGCUUCACAAGCUCUUCUCUGCAUUAGAGAAGACUUGUCACAAUUGCACUACAUACACCACCAGCUAAAUUUUGCAUCUGCAGUUCAUCUUUGAAAUUUCACAGAAAGAAACCACUUAAUGUUGUGUGACUAAAACGCAUUCAAAAGUGAAGUAAAUGUCUGUGCAUCUUUUCUAUAAAGUGUGACAGUUUGCAUGCUGUAUGUAUUAUAAAGUCUUCCUCCUUUUAAGGACCAGGUGAUGACUCAGCAGGGUUGAAUACACGUUAAAUAAAAAAAAUCAGGCAAAAACCUGUACAAAGGCCACCUUGUCACAUUUCUAGUCCUUUUUUCUUUUUCUUUUUU